AUGUUUUUGCUUUCUCUCUAUUUUUUUCUUUGCUUUUGCGUCAUUGACCGUCUUUUUCGUUUUCUUUCUUUCUUUCUUUCUUUCUUUCUUAUUCCAUUACCUUCUCCUUUAUUUCUUAUUUAUUUCCUCUUUUUCCUGUUCGCCCCCGCUUCCGUUCCUCUUUCUUUCUUUCUUUCUUUCUUUCUUUCUUUCUUUCUUUCUUUCUUUCUUAUUCCAUUACCUUCUCCUUUAUUUCUUAUUUAUUUCCUCUUUUUCCUGUUCACCCCCUUCCGUUCCUCUUUCUUUCUUUCUUUCUUUCUUUCUUUCUUUCUUUCUUUCUUUCUUUCUUUCUUUCUUUCUUAUUCCAUUACCUUCUCCUUUAUUUCUUAUUUAUUUCCUCUUUUUCCUGUUCGCCCCCGCUUCCGUUCCUCUUUCUUUCUUUUCUUUCUUUCUUUCUUUUCUUUCUUUCUUUCUUUUUUCUUAUUCCAUUACCUUCUCCUUUAUUUCUUAUUUAUUUCCUCUUUUCCUGUUGUUCGCCCCCUUCCUUUUUUUUUUACCUUCUUUCUUAUUUAUUUUCUUUUCCUGUUUUUUCUUUCUUUCUUUUUUCUUUUUCUUUCUUUCUUUCUUAUUCCAUUACCUUCUCCUUUAUUUCUUAUUUAUUUCCUCUUUUCCUGUUCGCCCCCCUUUUUUUUUCUUUUUCUUUUUUCUUUCUUUUUUUUUCUUUCUUUUCAUUUUCUCCUUUAUUUUUAUUUAUUUUCUUUUUCGUCACAUUUCCCCUAA